AUGAAAGGUCAAAAUCUUGGAUCGAACGAUAAAGAGGCCGUCGAUGACAAUAUAAACUUCCAGACAGAUGAAACCCAGUCUCUGGACCAAAGUAAAAAAGUUCGCAAUGUGGUUUCGAUCACCAGCGCGGACAUCGGCGACCUUGAAAACGUUAUUUCGACCAUUGUGUCACCCUCCGGGAAAGAAGUUAAGGUGACCGGAAAUGUCGACGACGCGAUGCGGCUGGCACUUGAGUCGCGGGAACUGAAAAUUACUGAGGAAGAAGAUCGCAGGCUUGUCUGGAAGAUCGACUUGUACAUGUUCCCGCUGAUGUGUAUCUUGUACGCCAUCCAGUUCAUGGACAAGGUGUCGAACGGAUCUG